GUGUUCACUCAGUCAGUCGUGUUCUGUCUACGUACACCGUAACAUCAACAUAAUUUUAUUUUUUUUUCGUAUUUUUAUUUUUUGUCAUAUAAAAAUAAUACAUGUGUCUGUUUGUGUGUUUAUUUAUAACAAUAAAUAAAUUACUCUUUUUUACAUAAAAAAAAAAAAAUUACGAAUGUGCUGGAAUAUUGUGCUUCUAUUGAUAAAUUUUAAGAUAAAAAUUAUAAAAAUUUCAUGAUAAUUGUUAUGUUUAAAAGAAAAAAAAAAAAAAAUGUGAUAUAAAAAUGACUCGAAGAGUUGAUGAUAAUUUUGAUUAUUUAAUUUUUUAUAAUUUUUUAAUAUUUAAAAUGAUAAUUAUUAUUAAAAUUAAAUAACAUAUCUUGAAAACAUUUCAAUAAAAAAAAAUAUUUACUUGUGAUUUUAGUUUAUCAUCAAGUGUGUAUAUUUAUCUAUGUAUAUUUAUUAUUAUUUUUUAAAUUAACUAAAAAUAUAUUUUAAAAAAAUAUGAAAUAGCCAGGGUAAAGUCGGUUGCUUGCACACGAGGGGCAUGAAAUAGCCGAUCGAUUUGAACGUGUGUGCGCGCCUGGAAGGGACGCAAACUCCGAUUAAAUAUUGCCAUUCUGGAUAAUGGCGUCAGGAUUUCCAAGUGGACAUCAUCAAAAGAAACUCGGACCAGCUCCAAUAGCAUCGUUCGAGGAUCUAUCUGACGAAUUGGAAAACGGAGAAAAUGUGGUAACACGAAUGCCAGGAAUCAUGGAGGUAACGAGUCCAGCUACAACACCUGGAUGUUCAUUAAAAACACCAAGUACACCGAGAAUUGAUAUUAGUCGUGCAAGCAGUUCAUCACAUCAUGAGGACAGUAAUAAUUCACGUGAAUCAUCACCAGAACGUGAAUUACUUGCAGGUAUUGAACCAUCAUCUGGAAGUAAAUUAAAUUUAAGUUAUAAAGAAGAUGCACAUGAUCUUAGAUCAUCGACUGAGGAACUUGAUUUACAAGAUCCAAUACAUGCACAAGAUUUAAGACGUGAUUUAAAAAAAUUGAGAAGACGACGUGAUGAUGGUACACAAUCAGAAUAUGGUGGAAUUUUAAGAAAUGAUAGAGAAAGAAAAGAUAGUAAUUGUUCGGAAAUAAUACUUUUAAAUAUAAGUGGUAGAACAUCAAGAUUGUCAUCAGUUGGUAGUCAAGGAUCUGGUGUAUCUGGUAAAUUAUCAGUUAUGUCAGCAACCUCAUCUAGAUCACCAAGCCCGCACAAGUGUCUACUUGAGACAUCAUUUUGUGGCAGUAAGCCAACACUUGCUGAUAAUCUAAUUGAACCAUCAAAACCAGAAACUGAUGAUCUUGAAAAAAUUCUUUUGAAACGUGAAGCAGAUACAACAAAAGCACUUAUACCUGAUAAUAUUAAAGUCCAAAUAGUUGAUGGUAAUUUAAAGCCAGAUGCAUUAGACAAACCAAGAAGACGUGGACGUGAAGAAAGAAAAGAAAUAUUUAAACGUGAAGUUGAAAUGACUAAAAAAAUACUUGAAAAAGUCAAUAUUGAAGUACCAAUAAUAAGAAAACCAUCACCAUCAAGAAAUUUAGAUGCUCAUUCAAGUAAAUCAAUGCAAGAUGUACAAAAACCAGAAACACUUGAUUUUACUGAUAAAAGAAAAAAUGUUAAUGACGUUUUACAACCAACAUCGACAAUAAGUAGCAUAACUGGAAGUCCAAAAUUACCAAGACAUCAAAAAGUUAUUGAACUUGGUGGUUCAAGAACACCAAGUCCAUCAUCAAGAAAAAGCAGUUUUACAUCUUUAUUCAAAGGAAAAACAGAUGGAUCAUCAAUACUUAGUCCAGAAUCACCAACACCAAGUUCAAGAUCACGUUUAAGUAUAACAUCUAAAAUAAAAGAAACAACUGAAAGUAUACGUAGUCGUUCAAAAUCACGUGAAAGAACAACAUCAGCAAGUGAACGUUCAUCCUCAGGGUCAAAAAAUAAAAAUGUAUUCACAUCAACGCUGAGUUUAUUUAAAAAACGUGAAAGAAAAAAAAGUACAAAUACACCAGAACAUGAUAUAGUAUCAUAUGAUAAUAAUAAAUCAAUUGACAGUAUCGGUAAUUUACAAUUUAAAUUUGAAAAUGAUAAAACAGGACGUUGUGAAGAUUCAAUAUUUAUAAGUCUUCAUGGUGAUGAUGAUGAUCAUGAUCAUAAUCACAAUGAUAAUGAUAAUAAUGAAAAUAAAAAUUAUGAAGAAACAGCAUUACCAUCAGUAAGUGUAUCAAUACCACUUGAAACACCAACAAAAUUACUUGAUGAAUAUGAUUGUGAAGCAAGAUCAGGUAGUUGUAUUAUAACUGAGGCAUCAAUUGAACACAGAUCAUCAUCAUCAUCAUCUCCAAUACGUAUAAAAACUGAAGCAAAAAUUGAAUCAACAUUGGAAGAUGAAGCAAGACGUUCACUUUGUCAAAGUACAUCAAAAGAUUCACAGUUAUCAAAAACAUCAUCACAUGAAUCACAUACAAGUGUACAAACAGCUAAACAUUUUGAUAUGACAACAACAACUACAACAACAACAACAACAGCAAUUAUUAAUCAAGAGCUACAAGAUGAUUUAAUGAAAAAUAAUUUAGAACAAUUACAAUCAAAAAUACCUGGUGUAUCAUCGUGUUCAGUUAGUUUAAUGUCAUCAAGUUCAUCACGUGAUUCACUUGUUGAAAUAAAACGUAAACCAGAUAUUGUUAAACCAAAAAGAAAAAAUAGAGAUACACUUAAAGCAGUUAAAAAAAAUGAUAAUGAUAUUGAUAUUGAUAAAAAAUUAGAUGCAAAUGAUACAAUUGAUAUUAUAAAUAAUGAUAAAAAGUUAAAUGAAAAUGAUAAAAUAAUAAUUGAUGAAUUAUUAAAACAACCACAAGAACAAAGUAAAACAUCAAGUAUCAUAUCAGAUUUAGAUCAUAAUAGUUCGGAAUCAGAGAGAGAUUCAGAAAUUGAUUUUAUUAGAAAUAAAGCAACAAGAGCAACUGAAGAACUUCCAGAUGAAAGAAAAGGUUUAUUUUAUGAAGAAAGUUUUGAUGAAGAACUUCCAUAUGUGCCAACAACAUUACCAAUGGAAAAAAGUUCAGCUUUACCAAUACUUCCAGUUAAAGAACGUAUACAAGAAGUCAAAACAAUACCAAUUGAAAGACCAAGAUCAACAACACCAAUAAAUCCAACUCUUCUUGAUGAAUUUGUAAUGCAAACAUCAAAUGAUGAUAAAAGAACAGAUAGAAUGAAAAUAUCAUUACCACGUGAAGAAAGUUUUAAAUUAAAAAGUCCACGUAAACAUCAAGUUAAUACAUUUACUGAAUUUGCUGGUCGUGUUAAUGUUGAUAGUAAUAAAAAAUAUAUACAAUCACCAAGUUCACCACCACCACAAUUACCACCAUUACCACCACGUUUAUCAUCAACAUCAUCAUCAUCAUCAAAAAUAAUAACAACAACAGCAACAACAACAGCAACAACACCAACACCACAUCCACAUCAAAGUAAUUGGAUUAAUUUUGAAGAAAUACCAGAACGUAGAAAAACACCAAAAAGAAUACAAACAAUACCAAGAACAGAUGAUGAUAAUAAAGGCAAUUAUAAUUAUGUACAACCAGAAGAAUGUCGAUGUGAAUGUCAUGGUGAAUCAAGACGUGCUUCCACAAGAGAUACAAUACCUGGAACAUCAACAAAUAAUUUAAAUUCAAAUUCAUCAACAACAACAACUAGAACAUCAUCUUGUAGCAGUAGCAGUAAUGGUGAACGUCCUUGUCAUGGUGAAAAUUGUAAUUUACCAAAUUCUGGUGAUCGUGCCAGUAUUGUUAGUGAUAGCUCAUUGGAACAAAGUUUGAGCAUUGAAGAUUCACCAGCACAAGUAGUACUUGUUCCAAUAAAACCAUUUUCAAUGGAUCUUGAUGUUGGAUCAAAUAGAUCGAGUAUCAUAUCUCAAGAAGAGACUGAUGAAAUCCAUCAACCUUAAUUUGUUCCUCUUUGUUUUUCUCAGUGAUUUAUUUUCUUUGGAAUUUUUUAAUUAAUAUAUUAUAAUUAGGAAAAUAAUUUUUGUCAUUGUAAUUAUUUUUAUUUAAUUUUAUGUAUAUAUAUAUUUUUUUUUUUUAGAGCAGGAUGUGUGUGUAACGACUUUGACCCAAAUCGCAUGCUUUUCAUUCUCUUUGAAAAUUUAACUAGCUCAUAAAUUUAAUGGAUAAAAAAAAAGUAUAUAUUAAUGGACUUGCGACAAUUGAAUUGGGUCAACGAGACUCUGACAUAUAAAUAAAACUCGAUGAAUUUUUCUUGGCCAAUUAUUAAUCAAUAUACGCCAAAAAAUAAAAAAAAAACAUUUCAACAAGAACUGAGUAAUAUUAUCCUUCGAAAUUUAAAAAUUGUUUUUUUCUUUUUCAAGAUUUUUCAAGUCAUUUUAUCAAUUUUUUUUAAACAUUGUUUUUUUUUACAGUUUGAAAUAUUUAUACAACGAGAUGGAAUUAUCUUAUUUUGGAUAAUAUAACUGAUUUUUUUAAUACAAAAAAAAAAGUCUAUCAAUUUUGUCUUUUAUUUUUUAAAUAUUUAAAGUAUAUAUUAUAAAAUGAGUAGAUAAAAAUAUCACGCUUUCUGCGUCGAGCCUUUAGCAGGUCCAAUGGAAUUUCUCGAAAAAUAAAUAAAUAUAUAAAUAAUUGAAUAAAUAAAUAAUUAAAAAUUUAAUUAAUUAAUAAGACACUUUGUUUUUCAAAUUGAAUAGUUAAAUAGUUAAAGAAUUUAAUAUUAAAUAAGUAAUUGAAAUUUAUUAUUAAUAAAAAAAAAUUAAUCAAAUGAAUCUGCGUGGUGAAAAAUAGAUUAUAAUAAUGAUGUUGCAAAAUAGACACCUCACAUCCUAUUGUCAUAACCAAAUCAUUACCAAAAAAAAAUUGAAAAAAAAACCUUCUCUUGUUAUUAUCUGCUCAAGAAAAUUUCUUCGAUUUUAUUGUCACUCUUUUUUGAGCUGAUUUAAAUUAAAUAUAUAUUUACAAAAUAAUAACAAGCAUUCAAGUCCAUCCCAUGUAAUAAUAUUAAUUAUUAUUUAAACACUAAAACGACUAUACUGUGUUCAAAUUACGUGAAUGAUGAAAUUCAAUUUUUAAAAAAUAAUACUGUUUUAAUGUGUGAUGAGUGAAUUUGUUUUUUUAUUUUUUUUUUUAGCCAAGUUUGAUUGAAAAUAUUUAAUAAAAUGUGAUUUAAUAAUUUUAAUUUGUCAAGCUGAGAGUUAAUCAUCUUCAUGUUCGAAAUGAUAAUUUAUUAUUGCAAUAAUAAAAAAAAUUCAAAUGAUAUCUUUGCUUUCAAAUGAAAU